AUGCCUCCCCUUACAUCCUGGCGCUCUUGGCGAGGUCGUGUCUCUGAACCCAUCCGGCUGGAACACGUCGAAAGCACAAAGUCAACUUACCUCGAGAUACCGGUCACUUGUGGCAUGCAGCCUUCUGCAGCUGCAUCUCCAACUCUUCGGAUGGCCAUUGUAGCGCUGCUUACAACACGACUGGCUCGACGCAGCCCACUUUGGAACGGUGCCGUUCUCUAG